AUGAGCAACAGAAUAUCUGUCAGCGGUAAAAAGAGGCGAAGAACAGGCGCAAGGUCUUCUGGGAAAGGCAAGAAAAUAAGCAAGAUAGUGAUGGAUAAGACAGGUGAUGAUAGAGAACGGAGGGAUAGAUUACCUCAGAGAGUCUGGGGUGGAACUUCAUAUAAAGUUGAGGUAUGUUGAGAUAAUUGCUUGAGAUAUACAAACGUUUUUUACUUAUGGUGUGUUUGAAUGUCAAGGACAGUAAGUGUCAACUUCAGACAUGAUUGCAUGUCUCAAUUAUGUUAUUUGCCAUCAAGUAAAUGAGUAUCAUACAAGAUUAUUUUCUGAUAACUGCAGGUGGACCAGCAUCUGCUGCACGAUAUGUUUAGUGUGAAACCUACCAGUACAUAAAUGCAUGCAGUUCACAUUUAAAAUCGUGAAAAAUGUUCCGUUAAUAAUAAAUCAAUUUUUUCAAUAGGAAGUGGGAGGCAUUGACUUCAAUCCAGAGCUAUCAAGACGAGUCAGUCACGCUGGAAGUCUGGGGAGAGUUUCUCCUAACCCAAAUACCCGGCUCCGCUCUAGAAAUGGCAGUAAAUCUUCCACUAGUGACGCCAUCUCAACUAGUAACGUCGUCCCAAGUGAUGACGUCACAUCAACAUCUGACGUCAUCAAUAAUGAGGUCAUAUCUAAUAGUAACGUCAUUUCAGCGAAUGACGUCAUCUCAGGACAACCACGCGAGUUAGAAGCAUCUGAAAUGGCAAUGUUGUGACGUAAUAUUAGUAAGCU